GGGUGACGGGUUGGGGAUGGGCGUGGUACCCUGUCCUUUCAAGAAACCGAGUAAGGAGAGGGGGGCUGAACCCCUCGUUGAGCCAGAAAGGAAAACCCCACUGUGUAAAGGAAACUGGGUUUGGGAGUCCGGCUACGGCGUCUGUACUCUUUUACAAUUCAUUACAAUUUAUAUAA